AUGGUCAGGACUUGUUGCUGAUUUCAUCCCGGGUGACGUAUUGGCUUUUCUAUUCUCAGUACCAAUCCCCUGUUUUAACUCUGCUUGCGCAAGAGUGUUGAUUAUAGGAGGAUUCUCAAAACUCUUAUAGCAUUGCGACUCGCUUGCUUCCCCUCUGAAGCUCUGAAGAGUCUGCCUUUGGUAUUGCUUCAAGAGAGGACUGUUUGGGUUAUCUUCCCAUCCCGUCCGCAUCAACAAACCAUCCAAUCUGGCGAUUCAAUCGACAAGCCUGUGGUCGCAGGCACAAACAUCUCAGAGCAGACCCGGAUCUGCCGCAACAGAUUCGACCGGCGCAUCGCCUAACUCUCCACGGACACCAUCGACACCAACCUGGCCUUCCAGAGACUUUAGUCUAUCGAAACAGGCUGCCAGCCAGGACAAUAAACUACCAUCUUUAGAAAGGCUCGGGGAGGGUCAAUGUGCCGGCCCUCGUGGCCAGGUGUGCACAGGCGGUCUAGUCUCAAUGUCGCAUACUGGACCAGCAUCUCAACAUGCGUCACGUCGUUCUUCGAGGUCCCCCUUGGGAGAUGACCAAGUCUCGCCUUCCUCAGUUCGACACAGACAGCUCAGUGACCGCGAUCUGCGCCAAGAUGUGAGCAACGUUCCUUAUACAAAUGGCGACGAAAGAUUACAGCAGGUUCCCCAAAAGACCCUUGGUGUCCAUAACAUACUCAACCCUAUGGAGCCACGACUACUGGCUUCAGGGGGUAAUGGCCAUCUUCCUCCAGCAGCUCGUCCUUCUGAAUCCGUGACACCAGUCCAGGCAGUUGGCUCAGUCUCUGGGUCUUUUGCCGGCGCACGAGCUUUCCCGCCAGCCCACCCUGUAUCAAUUUCUCUUCCAGGUACGCCCUUAGGGCCGAUGACACCUAUCGGAGGACCUUCGUCAGGACGCAAUUCCCCAACAGCUUUCCCAUUUCCUGCCGUGAAUAGUGCAAGACCAAGGGCGAGCCCGACACAGCAUCCCCGAGCCAUAAGUGUUAGUCAUGUGCCAUCUCAUGAAGCUGAUGGGCGGCAGUCUUUACACAGCUUUUCAUCUGCCAAGCGGCCGUUUGAGGACAUAACUCCAGAAGACACCAGAACUCAAUAUCCCCAUCUACAUCCUCUGACAGGAACACCCACUGGUCCUCCCUCAGCAAUGUCGGAUCAUGGUAGGAUGCAUUCACAGCCGCUCGCUUCUCCUGGGACACAAGCUUCUCUCUCUACUUUCCCCUCCAGCCAUGCGCCAGGUCGCACGCAACCGUCUCUAGGACAUUCUCAGUCUUCAUAUUCUCCUAAUAUGCAGGCUGGUCGGCCCUUCCCGAGUCCGGGGCCCCCAAGCGAGUCUGCCUCGCCAUGGUCAGAAACACUGCGGAGACAUGGGAUGGGAGGGUCCCUCUUUGGCGUCGAAGGACAGCAAGCCAUGUUGGCACUUCCGGGAAGCGAGGCACCUAUCCCUGUGCAUAUGGACUUUUCGCAAGCGUCCAAGAAAGCAGACGAGAAGAGACAGAGAAAUGCAGUGGCUUCGACAAGGCACAGAAGGAAGAAGAAGAUCAUGCAGGAGGAGAACUCAAAACAGCUACAAGAGCUUCGGGAUGAAAGGCGUCUCAUGGAGAUACGGAUCGACGAGUUGACUCAACAGCGGGACUUCUACCGUGAAGACCGUAACCGUUUACGAGACAUUGUCGCACAAACGCCAUCAAUAAGUAACCUUGCUGCUGGACUUCCUAGUCCUACUAUUUCAACAAGCAAUUCUUAUGCAGAGACCGGGUCGUUAGCAUCAGGGCCAUCUGGAUCCAUGAGUUACGGAGAUGUCCUAUCGAACGAAAGACCAACCCAACGCCGUCGAACCGAUGACCACCCUGAAUAUUCGCUUCCACCAUACGGGUCCCCUGCGAGCGGCCACCCGAGUGCAUCUCCUAGUGGACUACCUCCGAUGCCCAUGCCAGGUUAUGGCGGGCCAUCACGGCCAUCAUCUGCGGCAUCCUCAGCGAGCGGUGAAAGGCUGCCGCCGCUGAGAGUAAUGGAAGGUCGACCUCCUACUGGCCCACCCCCCGGGCCAGGUGUUCAAGAGCAGGAUCCGCGAACUGGUCAGUGGGUUCCCGUUCAGCCUCGAGUUCCAGAGACUGGGUGGGCAACAAGGGACACUCACCGCAGACCUUAAUACAAUGGGAUUUGAGAUUUGAGACUUGCAAGCGUUUGGUUACGCAUCACAGUUAUUGAGACACAGUGUUCUCGUCUAUUAUAUAAUAUCGGAGUGGUUCAGGUUUUUGGCAUGAUUUUGGUAACUCGCGGGUGGGACUUUUGGAAGACGCAUCUGUUGGGCAACCGACGAAUUUAUUGCAACUUGUAAUGUUGUCUUGUCUUAUCUUGUUUCCUUGUUCUCCGUUCUGAUUACGUGUUUUCUGUUGUCGAGUUCAGCAUUGUUUGCAUACAUGGAGUGCUCAUG